AUGGCUAGAAUGAAGCGACCAACCGUGCGUAAUCCUCCUCCGUCGCAUGCAGUCGCACAACCGCCGGCGCAACCGCCUAGCCCACCGCCCGUCACCACCGCUGCUGCUGCCGUACGAACUCCUGUCUUUUCGCGAAGACAACCGGCGCGGAGAGGAAAGAGAGUCCCUGUUACAAAAAAGCUAAAGGGUGAUACUUCAACCCUUCUCAUCGAUGAAGACUCUUCGUCUCCUCUGCCGUCGCCAUCGUCGGCGCUACCACCCACUCCCGCUACUGUCGCUGUUGACCCCAUUCUACCAGAAGCACCCAUCAUUGUUCCCCCUUUGCAAAUGGUUCCAUCCGAUGCCAUUAUCCCUUUCACAGACCCCUUGAAGAGAAUCAGAGAAAUGGUGCGAUCCUCAACAGUACCAACUUCAAAGGAUACCCCAACUCCAUCUCUGACUACUACCAACAAUGAGACACUCAAAACUUCUCAAAAGGUACUCUCCUCAUCUGAUAGCACACCCCCUGAGGGCCUCUUCACUUCWGAUUCUGAGGAAGAAGAGGACCCUGCCUCUAUGGCAGGGGAAAUUUUCAUGGAAAGUGAGCAUGCAGUCUUGCCAAUAUCACGGUCAUUGAAAAACCGAGGACACCUCUGUUUUUAA